AUGCCGCCAGUUGGAAUACGUGUUUUAGAAACGAAAUGCUACGCGAUUCUCGAUUACAUGGCGGAACUAUCAGAACUGUGCAAACUGCCGAAGAUGGGCCCUAGAAGUGGUGCGCUGGCCCAUAAAGAAAUUAUUUCGUUGCCGUGCAUUCCGCUUGGCCACCGUAGAGGAAACUAUGACACCUGCAUUAAUGGCAACGUCUACGUGAGCAUGGACACAAACUUCAUGAGACUCUUUUAACU